CUCUACCGAAACGCUACCAGUUGCCAAAUAGGCGCGUCUAAGUGACCAAAUUGUCUGUCUGUCUGUCUGUCUGCCUGCCUGAUUUUCCACUUAUUUUUUCUCGCUUCGUCGCGUCCUUCCACUGGAAUCAAAUUUGCACCCCACGUGGACACUUUUUGCAUCUUCUCCCACCAAUCCACCAAUACUGUCAUCAUCAACCAUCAAUAUCCAACGGUCAACUUUUCCUCCACGUCGACUAAAGUUCCAGUCUUUGCUCUGUAAUUCAACCUCGACAAAGAAGCAAAUCCAUCAGCACCUUGAGAUCAUCUCCAAUCAUACCGUCAAGCCUGUCAGGCCCCUUCUGUGCAUAACCUGCAUUUGUUGUCGUUCUUUCUCCCUCAAGUCCGUCAGCCUCAUUCCUAAGCAACUCAUUCUACCCACAUCCUUCGCCAUCCUCUUUCUCGCCUUCAAAACUUCGGCUCCGUCGCCCUUCGCCUCUACUUUGGCCUUACUGCCCAACGAAUCAGUGGUUCCUUUCUCUUUCUGGUCAACGACACCACCAUCCACUCUGCUGAACGCCGCCAUCCGCCGACUCCAUCAUCCUCUGUCCUUGUCGACUGCCACUAUCUACCACUCCCUUCGGCCUGGUCCCUUUUUUGCCUCUUUCUCCAAAGAAUGUCUUCCACUUCUUAAUCUCACGUCGACCCCAGUCGUGACUUCUCUCAUUCACCCACUUCUUCCUCCAUUGCUCUUACCCUCUCUCCGCCAUCUGUCGACCCCGACUUCCACCUCAGAGCACUCGUUCUUUCUUUCCAAAUGUCGACAAUGGCGGCCGUCCAGCGGAUGACCCGUAAACUCUCUGAAGAACGCGCUUCCACCCUUGCCAAGGAGGCCGUUGAACUCUCUCACUCUGGUGACAAACAGAAAGCUUCUAGAAAAUUACGAGAGGCUGCAGCUCUUGGCCAUGACAACCCUGAUGUCCAGAGUGCCUUUUUGGCAAUUCACAACGACCAGAAUCACUCUCCCCUGCUAGAUCUGUGUCGGAGGUAUGCACUUUACCACAACAAGGCUGCCGGUGUCGAUGCCGUCGCCUACCUGAAGGGCCCCGAAGCACCCAACGCUGCCCCUGUCGCCCUGGAAUGUCUUCAGAUCAUUCUUGAGAGCCAACAGAAUUCAUUAUCAGACUCACAGGAUUUUAUCAUUGCCGAACUUGGCAGACAAAGCCCUGCAGUGCGGCAGUAUUUUGCCUCGGAGCUUACCGUCUCCACCACAGAGUUCUUUGACAAUGUGUAUGAGCGAGGUGACGAUGCCGCCAACUGUCUUCGAUCCGUCGUUCUCGACAACAAGCUCUGGCUCGAUGAAAACACCAGACUUCGAGUAGAGGAUGACCUCUUCCAACUCUUUCUGGCCAAACUUAUGGAGACUGGCCACGAUCAUGAUGGCCGUGCUCUCAAAGGCAUCGCCCUCCUUCUCAUUGCAGAUACCCAGAGACUCCACUCUUUCAUCGACGAUGAAGCUUUCGAGGCUUUGAUGGGCAGUCUGGACUUGAGAUUACCCCCGGACGUGCGCGGUCAAGCCACCCUUGUUCUCUCAAAAUUCUUCUCCGUCGCCGAGCCUGAAGCUCAGGAAUUUUUAUCAAAAUACAUCACCACCCAUGUCUCGAGACAAAAGGGAGACGACCUUAUUCUUGCCUUUUCCGCAGCUGCACACCUUUUCCCUGUCGUCCCAGCCAUGAUGGCACAACUCUUUCUCACAGAAGGCUUCCUGGUCUCACUCAUGCCUCUCCUCGCCCGCCAGUUCAGCAGCACCGUCGUUCACGACGCCUUUCUUCUUCUCCUGAAUGCCGCUUGCAUUGAUGGCGCCUGCCGCACCGCCAUUGCACAACACUGUGCUACCUGGCUGUCUCAAAAAGUCAGUAAUGGCUCCGGAAAGCAGCCGGCCAUCGCUGCCACCACACUCGCCAAAUUGAAGACUUCUGGUGCCAAGCCCAGUGAACAGAGAGCCAACAAGGCGGAUGAUGAUGUUAGUGAACUCGUUACUCUUUUCAAAACCACUCUUGCGUCUGAACAAGGGAGAAACGUAUCUGACUCGGUUGAAGGUCUUGCGUAUACAUCUUUGAAGCCCGAGGUCAAGGAAUCCCUCGCCAAUGACAAAGCCUUCCUCAAGUCUCUGUUACACGCCCUUGACUCGAACCACGAGUCCCCCGAGAUCGUGGUCGGAGGCCUCAGCAUCAUUUCAAAUAUGACCCAGUACCGUCCUAAUCUUUCCGAAGAGCAGCGCAAGAUAUCCCAACUGAAAGCAUAUGCCAACGCCUCCAAGCCAGCCGAUCCCAGUCCUCUGGAAGACGACGACCACGUCCGCGCUCGCUGCUCGGCCGCAAUCGAAGCCGGCAUUGUUCCUAUUCUUAUCAAGCUCAACAAAGGCAGAUCCCCGUCUACCUCCCAGCUGACUGAUCGAAUCUUACUGUCCCUUUCCAGAAAUCAGAAAGAAAGGGGCAAAAUUGCUCAGCAAGGCGCUGUCAAGUUGCUGGUCGUGCAUUCUCAGCGAAAUCUGCAAUCAACAGACAGUCAUACUCAAGCCAAUACAGACGCUGCGCACGCAUUGGCGAGACUACUUAUUUCAUUGAACCCAGCACAUAUCUUUCCCGCCGGCUCGACCCCUGACAUCACAGACGCUGUACCGCCGCUGUUGGCGUUGGUUAAGGCGGCCAAAAGCGAAGGCCUGACUCAAGCUGAUCAGCCUCGUGAUCUUCUUCCUGUCUUCGAGAGCCUGCUAGCUCUGACAAAUUUAGCCUCUGCACCGGAUCAAACAGCUGCCAAGGCUAUUGUCACGGGGGCCUGGGACGACAUUGAAGAUUUGCAGUUGGGCAACAAUGCCAUGAUUCGCCGCGCAUCCACAGAGUUAAUCUGCAACCUGACGAUAAUCCCUUCGGGCGCUGAAAAGUUUGCCGAUGGGUCGAAACGUGCCAGUCAACGACUUCAUAUUCUCGUUGCCAUGGCCGACGUAGAUGAUCUCGCAACAAGACGGGCGGCAGGUGGGGCUCUCGCCAUGCUCACUGACCAAUUCUCAACCGUCAAUUCUGCUCUUCUCGAGCUAAAGAGAGCACCUGAGAUUCUACUAGAGCUUUGUCAAGACGAAGAUCCUGGCGUCGUUCACAGAGCACUCGUGGUGGUUAGAAAUAUACUCCACGAUGAAGACGCACAAGUCGCACUCAAAGCCAAAGAUAUUUUCAAGUCCAACAAUGCUAUAGAAAGCUUGAAAACGUGUCUCAAGCAGACCAAAAACCCUGAGUUGCUUCGGAUCGGCGUCCAGGCGCUCAAGGUGUUGGUUGAGCAAGCAUAGAAACCUGAGAUGGACACAAUCAACACGGAUUUACCAGUUUACGAUUAACGAACACCAAUCCCUCCGGGAUGGAUAUCACUUUUGCGCCAUCCCGUCAUACGACUCAUGUCUAUACACCAACAUGGGGAAGAAAUCACGGAUGAACUGUAGCAUCAUCCGACAGAGGGGCGUUGUUUGAAUACUUUUUUGACUUGCAAGGUGUUGGGUUCAUGAGAGUUUGGCAUGUUUGCAACAGUAUGUCAGAACUUGGGAUGGGUAUACGGAUUUUAUAGUUUGAAAAUGCAUUGGGAGGCAGCAUGGGCAAGAGUUUAGACAUUCCUGUCAAAGCAUUAUCAGAUUUUGAUGCAUCUAGUCGCAAGAAGGUACUGUUUGUCAAUGAGACCAGAGUUUUAGCCCUUAUCGACGGAUAAUAUGAUGAAUCAGCAUGUCCCUUUUUUUUAUAUGGGAUCUGAACUACUCGCCAUUGGGCCAUACCAACUACUUACCUAGAAAACCC